AGCGAAGAAGAACACCCAGUGGAAACGGGAGGAAGUCAGGAAGCUGCCCGCUUGUGACAGCAGUAUCGAAGAAGAAAAAAGAAAACCCUCCAAAAAGCCGGACUCCCGAGAAAAAGCGCUACCGACAUGUCGAAGAACACCGUGGCCGCCCGCUUCCGGCGAGUAGACGUGGACGAGUACGACGAGAACAAAUUCGUGGACGAGGAGGAAGGAGGCGAAAACCAACUGGGACCCGACGAGGCGGAGGUGGACUCCCUCAUCAGACAAGGAAACCUCAUGCAGGCUUUACAAGCUGUUUUGAAGAACCCGCCGAUCAACACAAAGAACCAGAAUGUCAAGGAUCGUGCUGAGGGUUUGGUGCUGAAGGUGCUCAGCGCCUUUAAGAGCAGUGACAUUGAGAAAGGGGUGCAGUCCCUCGACAAGAACAGCGUGGACCUGCUGAUGAAAUACAUCUACAAAGGCUUCGAGAAGCCGUCGGAAAACAGCAGCGCGGUCCUGCUGCAGUGGCACGAGAAGGCUCUGGCGGCUGGAGGCGUAGGCAGCAUCGUCAGGGUACUAACCGCGAGGAAGACGGUCUAGACGAGCAGCGGAGGAUCCACGACGGGUCCAGAAGACGGUUCAUGUAAUCAUCACAGACGGCAUAGGGACUAAAAGGAAAACUCAUGUUUGACCCAAUGUGAUCCCGCUGCGUUCAAAUAAAAAAAAAAAUCAAAUAUGGGUCACAUUGGGUUUUAAAAUGUGUUUUUCUUCUCCCCUCCCCCCCCAUUCACAAUCACAGCCGACAGAAUCAUGUUCCACACAGGGUUGUGAUAUAAAUUACAUUGCCCCUCACAUUGAUAGUUGCAUAGUAACACACGUUUUUCAGGAGUGCUAAUCCUUAAAUUAAUGAGAGAAUUCUCUUUCUUUGUCAGGGUUUUAAUUCACUCAGGAGUAAGGAGACAACCUUUAUGACGCUUAAAGAUUUAUCCUCCCUUGACUUCCACACAAACACACACGCAGGGUUCCAGGUUUGAUUCUCUCAGGAAAAAACCUCUCAGUAUUUGUUCCUAUCUUGUGUUGUCUCAUCAGUGGAGCCUUCCUGAUUGAAUAAAAGCCUGAUUCAGUCAGUAAAUCCUCUCAUUGCUUCUCCUUACAACACAACAACAUAAGGAUCUUCAAAAGCACAGUCACAGAUGGAGGGCGGCGGGUUUUCUCACUUAUCCUGUAGAGUGGGAUGAUGGUGGUUGGUGUCAUCCAUCUAACGCUGCCCCAGUUAAGGAUUAUCACCCUGAUGCAUCUCCACCACAACUCUUAAUCCCAUUUUACUCACAUCGGUCCUAUGAGUCUCUCAUGGACCCUCCACCCCUGUGCGUGGCAUCGCGUGGCUUCGCUUCUUUGCUUUCCGGAACGACCUGUCGCCACGAGCAACCUUUCUCCGAUUUAUUUGGGUAUUUCACGUAACAUUUUUUUCAUUUAGUUCAUAUUUUGUCUCUUGUAUGCAAUGAAACCAAUAUAUAGUUUGCGUGAGCCCACUAUUGAAAAUUUUGAGUGUUCUGUCAACAUUUCAUACUUGUCUUUUGUUGUGUCUCUCCUGG